AGACCCAGCUGAGUCCGUUAUCUGUGAUUGGGACUCCUGACAUCAGUGUAAUUCCUGAGGUAUGAGGCGUGUCUCCUGUUUGAAUAAGUGUGCAGACUGUAGCUGAAUUAAAAAGAUGGAAUUAUUGGUGUUUAAUGAUGAACACAUUGUGUAACAGUGCUGAGACAGUAGAGUAUUAAUUAUAGCUGAUAUUUCUGAUAUUUUCUAGAAUGAUUGCAGGAAAGAGAUCAGACUCACCAGAACCCAGCUGUGUGUCCAUGAAGAGUGACUGGUCAAUGGAAAAGCCGAUUGCCUUCAGAGACAGAGACAGUUCUACUGAUGUGAGACCACAAAAGAAGAACUCAAACAUCAGCAGAAAUCAGUUGAAGUGCAUAUUCAAGGAGCUGGAACACAAAGUCAUCACUCUGAUAAAGAAUGAGCUGAAGAGGUUUAGGAAGCUCCUGACUCCAGAUUACCCAGCACACACUGAGAGGGAGGUGGAGGAUGAGGCGGAUCUGCACAGUGUCAGAAAGGGAGUUCUGAAGAUCACACUGGACGUCCUGAAGAACAUGAACCACGCAGAUCUCGCUAACACACUGCUCAACAAGUCUUUGAUGUCUGUGUACCAGCCAAAGCUGAAAUCCAACCUGAGAGAGAAGUUUAAAAGAAUUAAUGAAGGAAUCUCACAGCAUGGAAGUUCAGCACUUCUGAAUGAGAUCUACACAGAGCUCUACAUCACAGAGAGUUGGAGUGGAGACGUCAAUAAUGAACAUGAGGUGAGACAGAUUGAGACAGUGUCCAGGAGACCAGCAACACAGGAGACACCCAUCAAAUGUAAUGAUCUCUUUAAAGACAAGUCCAUCAGAAGUGUUCUGACUAAAGGAGUUGCUGGAAUUGGAAAAACAGUCUCUGUGCAGAAGUUCAUUCUGGACUGGGCUGAAGGAAAAGCAAAUCAGGACGUCACCUUCAUGUUUCCACUACCCUUUCGAGAGCUGAAUCUGAUGAAGCAGACAAAUCUCAGUCUGAUGGAUCUUCUUCAUCACUUUUUCCCAGAAAUAAGAAAACUAAAAUUAUUAGACUGCAACUCCUACAAAGUGGUGUUGAUCUUUGAUGGUCUGGAUGAGUGUCGACAUCCUCUAAAUUUCCAGAACAGUGAGCGAUUGUGUGAUGUGACAGAGUCAGCUGCAGUGGAUGUGCUGCUGACAAACCUCAUCAAGGGGAAUCUGCUUCCCUCUGCUCUCCUCUGGAUAACCACUCGACCAGGAGCAGCCAAUCAGAUCCCUCCUGACUGUGUAGACCAGCUAACAGAGGUACGAGGGUUCAGUGAUCCUCAGAAAGAGGAGUACUUCAGGAAGAGGAUCAGUGAUCAGAGCAUGACCAGUAAAAUCAUCACACACGUGAAGUCUUCAAGAAGCCUCUACAUCAUGUGCCACAUCCCAGUCUUCUGCUGGAUUUCAGCCACUGUUCUAGAGAGAAUGUUGGGUGAAGCAGAGAGUGGAGAGAUCCCCAAGACUCUGACUCAAAUGUUCACACACUUCCUGAUCUUUCAGAUCAAACACAAGGACCAAAAGUACCAUCAGAAAUGUGACCCUGAUCCUCAGCAGACCAGAGAGAGUAUCUUGACACUGGGAAAACUGGCUUUCCAACAGCUGGAGAAAGGAAACCUGAUCUUCUAUGAGGAAGACCUGAGAGAGUGUGGCAUUGAUGUUAGAGAAGUGUCAGUGUACUCAGGAGUGUGUACCCAAAUCUUCAGAGAGGAGUUUGGGCUUCACCUGGGGAAAGUGUUCAGCUUUGUACAUCUGAGUGUUCAGGAGUUUCUGGCUGCUUUAUAUGCAUUUCUCUCCUUCAUCAGCAGAAAUGUAACAGAACAACAAACCACUGAUCUGUCUGAUCUUCUCAACAAGACAAACAUGUCUGAUCUCCUCAGGAGUGCAGUGGACAAGGCCUUACUGAGUGAGAAUGGACACCUGGACCUAUUCCUCCGCUUCCUUCUGGGUCUCUCACUGGAGUCCAAUCAGACUCUCUUACGAGGCUUAAUGCCACAGACAGGAAGCAGCUCUCACAGUAAACAGGAAACAGUCGAGUACAUCAAGGAGAAGAUCAGGGAGAAUCCAUCUCCAGAGAAAUCCAUCAAUCUGUUCCACUGUCUGAAUGAACUGAAUGAUCAUUCUCUAGUGCAGGAAGUACAAACUUACCUGAACAGAGGAGGUUACAGUCGUCUCAGUGGAACCAGACUCUCUCCUGCUCAGUGGUCAGCUCUGGUGUUUGUGUUACUGAACUCAGAACAGGAGCUGGAUGUGUUUAAUUUGAGGAAAUAUGACCCAUCAGAGGAAUGUCUUCUGAAGCUGCUGCCAGUGGUCAAAGCCUCCAGGAAAGCUGAGCUGUGUGAGUGUAAUCUGACAGAGGAAAGCUGUAGAGGUCUGUCCUCAGUUCUCAGCUCAAACUCCUCCAGUCUGAGAGAACUGAACCUGAGUGUAAAUAAACUGCAGGAUUCAGGAGUGAAGCUGCUUUUCACUGGACUGGAGACUCCACACUGUACACUUGAGAAACUGAGGAGCCAAAUGCUUUUACCCCACUUUGCCUUCUAG